GCCCAUUGUAUAGAGCGGAGGAAACCCUGUGCCGUGAGCAGCCAUCUUGGAUAGACAGAUCAUACUUGAGCCAGGAUAACCUGCAUACCUCUUCACAGCAGUUCCAGAACUCAUAGCUCAAAAGAUUAAAUUCCUGAGCCAAGAUGGCCACCGCACCAUAUAACUACUCCUACAUUUUCAAAUACAUCAUUAUUGGGGACAUGGGGGUAGGAAAGUCAUGUUUGCUUCACCAGUUCACAGAAAAGAAAUUCAUGGCAGACUGCCCUCAUACAAUUGGCGUGGAGUUUGGUACAAGGAUAAUCGAGGUUAGCGGACAGAAGAUCAAGCUGCAGAUUUGGGACACAGCAGGACAAGAGCGCUUCAGGGCCGUCACCCGCUCCUACUACCGGGGAGCUGCAGGAGCACUUAUGGUGUAUGACAUUACUAGGAGAAGCACUUACAACCACCUUAGCAGCUGGCUGACUGAUGCUAGGAACCUCACCAACCCCAAUACUGUGAUCAUUCUCAUAGGAAACAAAGCAGACCUGGAGGCCCAGAGGGAUGUCACAUAUGAGGAAGCGAAGCAGUUUGCUGAGGAAAACGGUUUGUUGUUUCUGGAAGCCAGUGCAAAAACAGGUGAAAAUGUUGAAGAUGCCUUCCUGGAAGCUGCUAAGAAAAUCUACCAGAACAUCCAAGAUGGCAGCCUGGACCUGAAUGCUGCAGAGUCUGGGGUUCAGCAUAAGCCCUCGGCCCCUCAGGGCGGUCGGCUAACCAGCGAACCACAGCCCCAAAGGGAAGGCUGUGGCUGCUAAUGACCAAGCAAAAACCCCCGCACUCUACCAUUGUCUGUCUGUUUCCCCUCAACCAACCCCCUCCAUCCAUUCUGACACCUCCGUACGUUCAUCCCUCACUGCACCAGGAGUUACAUGAGAGCGGGGCUGCGGAGGAAAGAAACGGGCAAAUAUCGACUUGGGCCAGACUGAGCUAUGCUGUGUGGACUUCAUCUCCCCCUCCUUCUCUUUCUCCUCUCUGCCUGUUUCCCAUCAUUUUUGUCUCACUCCUCAUCUUAAAACUCUCAGUAUAUUUUCCUCCCAUAGCUCUCCUCUUUUGCUCCGCUCCAGUGCACCAUCCUAGUCCCACCCCUACAUCCGUAGAACUUUAGAUGCCACCACACAUUACACUGGUCACUGACACUUUAGAUAGAUAUAAUGUUCACAAGAUAACUAAGCAAGACUGUUUUUUAUGUUUGGUUUUAUCGCUAUAUAUGAAAUGUAAACACUGCAUUUAGUUUCAUCAACCUCUGAUUAGUGUAUAAGUCAGAUCUAAAUUAUAUUCCCAAAGUCCUCUCUUGCAUGGUUUACAAUUCCAACGUUUUAUCAAGACAUGCAGAUGAGAUUUCCCACCUGAAAUAGUGUAAUAAGCAGCAACACAGGUAGAUGCUCUUUAGUGUUUAUCCAGGAAUGUGUAACUGAUAGAGCUUUUUCAGCAGAAUUUAAACCUGCCCGCAGCUUUUUAUUGUAAUUUGUGCUGCUUGACAUAAAUUCCUUUGUCAGGUUUGAUGAACUCAGGAGAGAUACAGUAGAAAAAAGACAAGUAGAAAGCCAGAAAUCAUCCCUGUAAAUGUUCGAAAUUACCUUCAACUUCCUUUUGGAAGUAUGCCCCACCCACAGUUUUUCUGAGAUGUCACAGGAAGAAAUGUCUGUGUUUUCCAGCUGGUCUCUGUGUUGAAUGGACAGUUCUUUUGAUUAAGUUAAGAUGUCACUUUAAAAAAAAAACAACAAAAAAAAACCUUCUGCUUCUGAUGAAAGGAAUAAUUUACAUCAGGUUCUUUUGCACCAGCUCUCCCUUUUAUACAUCUAACCCCCAAAGCUCUCCCCAUCAUUAUCAUCAUCAUAAUUAUUAUUAUCAUAUCAACAGACUGUCUUUACCAGCAUUUCUUUGUCUUUGUUUGUUGCCUUAUUACAUUAAUUACUCUGUAGUCAUUCUUUUGCUGCACCUGCUCUUCAGUUCAACCCGAUUCGAUUAAAUGUACUUAUUUAGGAAAGCUCAUUAAUUUUGCUGGAAAAUUAAGUGUCAACAGCAUGGUCUUAAACCCAUAUUCUGACUAUUUAGGUGUAAAAACGAAUCUCACACGUCCUUAUCUUAAUGACGCUGCACUGAAGAGCUGAUUUCUUGUUCAUGUGGGCAGUUGUUGCUCUGCCUCAGAAAACACCAAGCAGCAUGCCCCUGAGAUAUGAAGUUAUCAAAAUCAUGUCAUGUUUCUAUUUCCUUAAAGUACAAUUUCUUUGUAAUAUAGCAAUUCCCUGAUUGGACAGCUGUAUAUAUUGCUUCUAAACUGCUGGUGAUGACCUUGCUACUGUACUUUGGAUUUAGACAUUUAUUUGGUGGCUCUGCCAAGAUCUGUACAGUUGGUGUGCUAGUGGGUUGCCUGUAAUUCAUGCUUGGGAAAUUCUGUAAAAUAGUUUCUAUUAAUAAAUGUAUGUAAAGGACAGACACCUAGACGGCCCCCUAGCCAUCCCGUCUGCACACUACUGAACCUGCCGAUUGAUUAUUGAGGGGACUGGAAGUGGAUUGAGAUGAUGUUCACAGUCGUAUUUAUGUCAGCCAACCUGUCAUUUCUGUACAGAAUGGAGGAUGGGGCAUGUUUGUGUUGAUAUUCUGUUUUCUUUUUCCACCUCAUCAUGGCUCCUCUGUGUAGGAGGGGCCUGCAUCGCUGUCUUAACUUUACGGGAGUGGGGAUUGGUUGGUUUAUUGUGGGAAGUGGGUGGGCUGGGGCUUCCUUUUUCCUGUGUCCCACCUCUUUGCAGUUUGAGUGACCACUUCCUGCUUUUGUCUGUCCACAAGUACAAAAAAAGAGUACAUAUGUAUAAAUUUUUAAGAAGCUGUGCUAACAUUUAAAUGCGUUCUUGCGUGUAUAUGAUUUUAAAAAUGUUGACAUUUUGAUUUUAAUGACAAAAUUAUCUAGAUAGAAAAAUAAAUUAUACAUAACCUGUUUCUUUGCUUUUUUGUCUAAUGAUGUAAAAUAUACUGAAAUAAAGAAGGGGACUGAAGGAGGCAAGAUCA